AUGGGUAAAAGAUUCAGUGAAUCUGCUGCAAAGAAGAUCGCAGGACAGCAAAGAAAAAAAGAGCAAGCUGCUGCAAAGGACAGAGCACAGAGGGAAAGGGUAGAGGCAGAAGAGGCUUCCAAAUGGGAGGCCGGGGCGAGACAGCCUAAUCAAAAGAAGCUCCUUGAGGAGCAAAAGAAACAAGAAAAGCUAAGAGCAAAGCAAGAGCGGGAGGCACUGCUCGCUGCAGAAGAGGCUGAACUGGGCAGAGGAGGAAAAGGGAAGAGAAAAUGA